UACUAUGAACAUUCACUGCGACAAACUGAUGCGGAAGUUGAUCAGACUGUCCGUGAAAUAGUUCUAAAAUGGACACCUCUGAAAGUGAUGUACGCUGAGUGAGUUUUCAAGAAAACAGGUAUGUCUUACAGUGGAUAUGGUCACGUGGUUGAGUCAUGUCCUCUCAAUGAGACAGAGUUUAAAGCAGCCGCGACCAGACUGAACUGUGCCGUCGAUACGAAUAAAAAUAAUCAGUAUACAUGUGUUCCUAAGUUUGAUUUGACGGCGAUAGUAGAGUUCUGCUACAAUUACACAGUGGCAUUGUACCCGAAAGGCAAUUGUCUAGGGGAAAUAAAGAAUGGACGCCUGGACACAAUCAACUGUAGUAAAUUCACGGAUGGUUGUCCAAAUGACUAUUACACAGGAAAUGAACUGUAUAGAUUUCCGGCUUGCUUCCAACUCAAUACAGAACGGCGGUGUUUCUUUGCAGACCCCUCUUGUCCGAACAAAACGAGAACCAUCACUACUGAGGAUGGAACGAUUCCCACAACAUUGAUGAACGUCUUCAAUACAACAACAAAUAUAACGAGUACACUUACCACGACUGUAGAACAAGGAUCCGCCGAUGUAGGAGUGAUCAUUGGAAGUGUCGUGUCUGUCGUCGUUGUACUCUGCAUUUUACUACCUAUAGCAAUAGAACUCUGGAGAAGGAGAAACUAUUCAUGUGUACCCUGUGAGGACCCAGAAUGGGAUCAAUUGAAGUCAGACUUGGUAAAGCAUCACAUUGGAGAGUACAGCACAUGGAGAACACCUAUCUCAGAUCAAUUCUCCUCCCUGUCUGAUGACGAGUUGUGCGUGUUAUUCUGUUUUCUGUGCUCUGACUCCGGUACCCCCGGCUUUACUGACACAAACUGUCUGGACAUUCUUAAUCAGAUACGAGAUAUGAUGAUUGGUGAGAACCGUGUAACAAGUGAGAAGGCUCAGCGGACUCUGGACGGACUGAAGUCACGUGGAUUUCUUUGGGAUCAGGACGGAGUGGACAUCACUGAGGACGUCAAGGACGAGACCAUGUAUCGUGUUACAGAACGUAGUGUUUUACUGUACCACGUGUAUUGUUUAUCCAGUUCUACUACAGCAGUGAGGUAUCUGAGAUCACAGGGAUACACCAGGGAGUCUGGAGAGAAAUAUGUCAUUAGUGUCAACUUGUACUGUGAUUUCUUACUCAUACGCCGUCUACAGAUGAACACACUGACCCACGUCACCAUGGAGGACACGGGUAUCUGGGGUGAAGUGUCACGUUACUUGAACAUCCCUCUAAAUAAAGUACGUAUGAGUGAGGGUGAACGAAGAGCGUUUUUAGAGGAAUUACAGCAGACUGGGGAGUGUGUACAAUACAGAGGCGGAUCACAAGGCAGUGUACAACACGUCAAGUGGCUCUGGAUAUACCAAAAUUAUGCAAGACCUGACAUCGUGAGAUCCUGUAUAGGUGUCCACCCACACUGUGAUAUUUACAUCAUCAACAACACAGCUUACAGAAAACACAGUCAGUACCACGACCGUCCUCCAGCUGAACGUUGUCUCCUGUACUGUCUUCUGAUGGUGGACGACUACACCGUCAAGGUCAAGGACGAAUCUCACAUCAAAGUGUACAAUGUGAUCAGAGAGCGAUACUUCACAGAACUACCUGUUUGUGAGGAAAUCACCGCCGCCGACAAUCCCGAGGAAAUCAUUCACGUAGAAAACGACGUAAUCAAGUUUAAGCCAUCCGACACCCGACAUGACGUCAUGUACGCGUUCAUUACAGAGUGUCUGGUGGAGGACAGUGAUCUGAAGUUUUUCUUGACCACGGCGUCACCUCACGUGAUAUCAGAAUACUGCCGAUCGUGGGAGUAUAAGAGGAGUGAGGGAGAGCGAUGUCUGUAUAUACCGUAUAGACCGGAUGAGAUGUGCGAGUUGUUCAUAGACAGACUACAGCUGGACAUCCUCACACACUGUACCGUUUCAGACAGGGAGAUUCACUACAGGAUCAGUAAACGUUUAAACGUUCCUGAGGAGGUAAUAAAAUGGGACAUUGGUGCAAGACGGAGAUAUGUAAAAAGUAGUAAAGAACAAGGACGAAAGAAACUGUACUGUGCUAGAGGUAUGCUUGUUGGAUGCGCAGGCGCAGGAAAAACAACACUUCUUAGAAAGAUGCAGAACAGAGAGACACCAGAUGAAGACCGACCCACGGAGACAACUGUGGGUCUGGAGGUCCAUGAGGAUUUGUUUGAAAUAGAAUCUGGCACACUGAAAAAUUACAAAGGAAACUCUUCAGUAUUCCACAGUGAUAAACAGCUGAUAAGCAUGACAGAUUUUGCGGGACAAGUGGCGUACUAUGCCUGUCAUCAGGUUUACCUGUCCAGAAGAGCGUUCUAUAUGUUAGUCGUUGACAUGUCCAAAAAUCUGGAAGAGAAAGUUCACGAGCACAACAAGGAUCGUCACGACCCAAUUGGAUCCUUAUUUCACAACUGGACCUAUGAUGACUACAACGUAUUUUGGCUUCAGUGCAUAAAAACUUACUGCGAUGUCGGAAAAAGGCGAAUCCGUGGUAGAGAAACAGAGAGAGAGAAUGAUGUUCCAGUGAUUCUCAUCGCUUCACACAAAGAUGAGGCUGAUUCGAGAAAACAGACACCAGAUUUUUUCUGGGAGUUGACGAAUGCAUUGCCUAAAGGACUCGCCUUGUCGGAUCUCUUAUCGUCCGACAGAUAUUUUGAAGUCGAAUGUCCACCAAGACCUUUAAACGAUCAGCAGAAGAAAGCUAUAGAAAAAAUAAAAAAAUGCGUGGUCGAAACCGUCAUGCAGCUGCCUCAGUGGGGAGAAGAAAUUCCUUUAAAUUGGGUAAAAUUUGCCGGAAUUAUUAUCAUAAAGAAAAAGAAUGGAGAUAGAAUUCUGAAUAGAGAUGCAUUGCGAACAAUGGAAGAGCUGAAAUUUUCAACUGAGGAGGACAUGGACGAUAUGCUUCGAUUUUUUCAGGAGAUUGGACAUAUUAUAUAUUUUGUAGAUGAGAAAUUGAAGGAUACGAUUAUAAUCAAUGUCCAAUGGUUUGUUGACGGGUUUAAACACAUCAUCACCGAUCGAAAGCACGUGCCAGUCACUACAAAGGCAUGUGACACAUGGAUGGAAACAGGGAGAGUUCCUGAAUCGGCCCUUCUAAAAAUCUGGCGCGAUUCCAACGACCCUUCAUACGUUCAGCAUCAAGUUGACAUUCUACAAUACAUGCAGAAACUUGGAUUAAUAACCCAAAAACUGACGGAUUCAGAAACUAAUAGAUAUAUGUACUACGUCCCAUGCAUGAACAGAGUGGACUUCUCACCGAGAUUUGUAGACGUAAUCAACAGCGGACACAAAACAUCUGUUCUAAUUUUCCAUUUCAAAACUUAUUUGCCUCAUUUCUUCUUCUUCCGCCUCGUUGUUAAUUGUCUAAAGAAGUGGGAAACGCUCGAUCAAAAAAUGUUUUGUAAAAAUGCAGCAUUUUAUCAGACGCGCGAUGAGAGUCAUUGCGUUGUUAUUGCUGUUAACAAAACAUCGAUUUUGUUGCAAGUAUUUACACCAGGCAAGGAAACGUCUCUACAAAUCACAAAAGUCGUAGAGAUAAGAGAUGAGGUUGAAAAGUGUGUCGCCGAAAUAACAAAGACUUUCCAUGAGCAAGUUAGAUAUGGCAUGGGAUACUCUUGUAUGGAUGUGGCAAUUGAUGGUGUUGAUGAUAAGAUGUUUUUGUUAGAGCAGAAAGUAUUAGAAUUCGGAAAAAACAGAACAUGUCCAAACCAUAUUCUGGCUGAACCAGUUCACGAAAUCAACAGGCGUGACUUGAUUGGACUUUGGAGGAGUGAUAUUUGAACGUCUUAGCGCAAUACUACUUGCAGUGACAGAAUGACAACAAAUACAGAUGCGUGUUUCACAAGCGCACUAUGAAAUGAGAGUUGUUUGAAUAUUCAUUUAACAAUUGUAGACUUUGAUUCCCAAGUUAUUACACAUUAUGAUUAAUAUACACUUAACUGUAUGUUAUCGGACAUGCAUAUAGUAUCAAACUUCCAUAUAUCCGAAAUAAAGAUUAAAAAAAAACAUAUAUGAAUAUAAUGUAUUCACUCUGCAUUUAUGAAUGACCUACAUCGUAAUGAUAUAAUUCUAAUAAAUCCCAAAUUGUAGGAACUAGCAUUAUCACUGUGAAAAUUGUACUUUUAAAAUUUUGAAUUUUAAUCUGUAAAACACCUACAGCUGUGUACACUUCGCAUAUUUAACUGAUUUUGGUCAGUAAAACAUAUCAUGCCCACACAUGUUCUUAUCAAAAAGAAAACUGUAUCACAUCCACACAUUUUCUGAUCAAAAAGAAAACUGUAUCAUACCUAGACAUACCCUGAUCCACAAAAAUGCAUGAUAGCUAGAUACAUCCUGAUCAGAAAAAAGAUAUCCACAGAUAUUCUGAUCCAUACAUUGUAUGAUAUCCAAGCAUAUCCUGAUUAAAAGGAAAAAGUGUAUCAUAACAUAUAUUCUGAUCAAAAGCAAACUGUAUAUUAUCCAAAUAUAUUCUGAUCAAAAACGAACUAUAUCAUAUACACAUAUAUUCUGACCAAAAGUAACAAAAUAUGUAUCAUAUCCAUACUUAUUCUGAUCCCCAAAAUACUUCACAUCCACACAUGUCCUGAUCAAAGUCAAAAGAACUACCCAUCGAUAGGAAGAUUAGACAUCACUGUGGAAGGGGUAGAACUUCUGGGGGAGUUUAAAUUUCAACAAGGCCAGCGAAUGGAACAAUAUCCAUAACACCAUCCUAAAAGCAUGCUUCAAAGAACUAGCACCAGCAAUAACGCACAUAUUUAACAUCAGUAUCAGCACAGGAACCUUACCUGAAGAUUGGAAGAAUGCAGACAUUACACCAAUAUUCAAAAAAGGCAACAAGCAUAAAGGCAGCCAACUAUAGGUCAGUGUCACUUACGGGUGUGUGCUGUAAGUCCUUAGAGCACAUCAUAUACCGACACAUUCAGAAACAUCUAGAGAAACAUUAUAUACUGAGCAAGUUACAACACGGAUUCAGAAGUGGUCAUUCAUGCAAGAGUCAACUUAUUAUCACAAUGGCGGACAUCAUGCGUAGAUUCGACCAGAGAACACAAGUUGACCUGGUGAUACUUUACUUUAGCAAAGCAUUUGACACUGUGCCAAACUGUCAGCUAUUGCAUAAGCUUAACAAUUUUGGGAUAAAAGGUAGCAUCUUGAGGUUGAUAUCAUUUAUUUGACGAAUCGUCAUCAGAAAGAUGUAGUCGAAGGUGAUAUGUCUUACAAAUGCACAGUUGAUUCCGUGGUAUCACACGACACAUUGCUCGGACCGUUGUUAUUCCUGUACCAUCGCAACGACGUACCACGCAGUGUUUCAUCAGAAGUACGCCUUUUCACAGAUGACUGCCUGCUACACCGAGAGAUCAACAGUCACUCAGACCACAUACAACUUCAGGAAGAUAUUGUAUCAUUAGAACAUUUGGCAAGAUAAUGGGGUAUGAAAUUCAACGCAACCAAGUGCUACUUAAUGAGUAUUCACAGGAGUAACACACCAUCAAUUUACCUAUACUCUCUUAACCAUAUAUUAAAGCAGGUACAAAACAACCCAUAAUUCGGUGUACAAAUCAAUGAAGAUCUCAAAUGGACCACCCACAUCAACAAGAUAUGUAAUCGAGCAAACAUCAUUCUGGGAUUCAUACACGGAAUUUACAGAACAGUGGUCGGAAUUUUAAUGAAAUUGCAUAUAUCUCGGUUGUAAGAUCUAUCUUAGACUAUGUCAUUAUUGUUUGGGAUCUACAAAAAAGAUACAGAUAAGAUCGAGAGUAUCCAGAGACGAGCAGCCCGCUUUGUUAUGAACGACUACAGGCGCAGGAGUAGUGUCACCGAGAUGAUGAGACAACUUCAGUGGACGCCAAAAAGGCGAAUACAACGACUAACAUUCUUCAAAAUCGUAAAUAACUUGGUGGUCGUCCCCACAGACUCGAUGCGCAUAUACAGAAACUAAAGGAUCCAACGACAUUAUCAUUCUAAAGCAGUAAAAAUAUUUUCUCCUUCUACAAACAUUUAUAACACUUCAUUUAAACCAAGUAUAAUUUUAGAUUCGAAUUUACCUCCGGAGGCACUUACAGGCACCACAGAACCAGAGGUGUUCAAGUCAGCACUGUAAGAAAGUUACCAGCGCGACUAAUACCUCGACGCGCACACACCAAGUUCCUCAAUAAUAUAUACUCACUCAGUGAGUUCUUUUUUAUUAUGAUACAUACACAGACAGAUAAAAAAAUGUACCACAUCCACAUAUAUCCUGAACAAAAGCAAACUGCAUAAUAUCCACAAAUAUUCUGAUUAAAAAAUUAAAACUAUCAUUUCCACACACAAUUCCUGGUCAAACAAAAUAGCAAAAAGCACAUGGAGGAUCAAUAUCGUCAAAUAGUAUGUGUAACUUUUAAAAACCGAAAUGGUUCUAACUAAGCAAGAGUGUACAUAUAAUUCUAAACUUCAUCCGAGUAUAUGUAACUGAUUGUGUCCGCUGUAUUUUAUGUUCUAUUUGAAUAUUAAAGAUGUAGUGAUUCUGUAUCCCUACUAUAGUAACUAGAUUAUGGGAAUCGUUUGAAUAUUCUAGUUCGCUUUCCAGUGUAACGCUUUAUUGCAUCUGUUCAUGUUUACUGAUAAAGGAAUUAUUGCUGUUAGAAAUUUAAUUUAAUAUUUUUUUCCUGUCGCUGGUGGGAAUUUUCACGAGAUGACUUGGAAACCAUUCUUUUAGUUGUCAUUUAUUCAACCUGUACUGUAAACAGGGAAAUAUUCGCCCCCUUUUAUCUUUGCUCGUUUCGUUGUGGGCAACUUUAAAAGACUCAGGUUUUCUUUCUGUAGUUUUAUAUCAUUUCUCUUGUAAUCUCGUGAAUUCAAUUGCCUAGUAGGUGUGAAUAUUUCAAAUAGAAAUCAAUUCACGGAAAGUUUAACAGAACUAUGACAGCCAUACAUUCAUCAGUUACCACUGUUUUUCGAAGACUUAAGUCCCCCCCCCCCCCCCCCCCGCAUGUCCAUAACUGCAAUCAAUAGCAAAAAGUAUCAUCUGACUUGGCUGCAUUUCUAUUGAAGAUAUCCUUUAAUAGCAUUGUACAAAGCAAGAUGUAAAAUCAUUGACAAACUAUUUUUGCCACUGCCCUGUAUAAUUUAAAUAAUUCUGGCAACAUCACAAUAUAAUAAUAUAUGUUGUGUCCAGACGUCCGUGUUUGCCCAACUAUGUAUUGCUUAUAGGAGUUAUGAGAUUGAUCACUGUUCGUUAUCUUCACCUUGUAUGUUUGUGACCUCAAUGGGGUAUUGUAUAAUACAACUGCUGCAUAAAAGACGUUAUUUUGCUAACAACGCCAUUGCUACACAUUGAUAUAUAUUGUAUGAUGUGGGAGAGUACCGCACUGCGAUGGGUUUUCAGUCUAAUUUGUACAGAAAAUUAGUUUGAUGACGUUACAAAGGAAUGCUACUUUUUACCCGCUUUUAAUUUGAAAAUGAUAUGCUGCUUUGAUUGUAACUAUAUUUAUCUGUAUCUGUAUCAAUAAAAUGUGUAAAAUUCAUCA